AUCAGAGCCAUAUAAAUUCCAAGUGAUGGUUCCAACCUGAAUCGCAAUUGGCGCGAUUGUUUUCCCUCGAACGAUUUCACUGUUUUCAACUCGCUCUUCUCCCUCAGUUCCACACACUUAUUAACUAUGUGUGGAAUCUUCGCGUACUGCACGUAUCUCACUGAAAAGGACCGCAAAGAAAUUUGCGACAUCCUAUGUACUGGCCUCCAACGUUUGGAAUAUCGUGGCUAUGACAGUGCAGGGAUUGGUAUUGAUGGUGACACCGAAAAGGAUGUCAUUCUCUUCAAACAAGUCGGAAAAGUCGCUGCACUCCGUAAACUCAUUACGGAGUCUAAAGUCAAUUUCGGGAAGACCUUCAUCAACCAAGUUUCCAUCGCGCAUACCCGUUGGGCCACCCACGGUGCUCCCUCACCCAUUAAUUGCCAUCCUCUCCGCUCGGAUCCCACUAACGAGUUUACCGUCAUUCAUAAUGGUAUCGUUACUAAUAACAACGAAUUGCGUCUUGUUCUUCAGAAGAAGGGUUACAAAUUUGAAAGUGAGACUGAUACCGAGGUCGUAGCUGUGCUUUUCAAGUACAUUUGGGACUCUCAGCGCGGCACUAGGCUCGAUUUUACUACCCUUGUGAAAAUUGUGGUGAAGGAACUCGAAGGUUCUUUCGCAUUCGUCUUCAAGAGCAUCCAUUUCCCAAAUGAAGUCGUCACCGCGCGGCGUGGAUCACCUCUCCUCAUCGGAGUUAAGACAGAAAAGAAGCUCAAAAUCGAUUUUGUCGACGUCGAAAUUGCGGGUCCUGACGUCGAAAAAGGUGCUGGAUUGCUUGCACCCGGCAGUAGUUCGUUGGGGAGCAACUUCCUCGUCCCACAACCCGCUGGGAUGACUCGCACUCAAUCUCGUGCUUUCAUGUCAGAGGAAGGAGUGCCACAACCGAUCGAGUUCUUCAUUGCGUCAGAUGCAAGCGCUGUUGUCGAGCAUACCAAGCGCGUACUUUACCUGGAAGACGAUGAUAUCGCUCAUAUUAUUGAGGGAGAGCUGCAUAUCCAUCGGCUCCGUCGCGAAGAGGGCAAGUCUUCCGUUCGUGCCAUCGAGACACUCGAGCUCGAACUCGCCGAAAUCAUGAAGGGCAAGUUCGACCAUUUCAUGCAAAAGGAGAUCUACGAGCAGCCGGAAUCGGUCGUCAACACGAUGCGUGGUCGUGUCAAUUUCGACACUCACAAGAUUACCUUGGGUGGACUCAAGGCCUACCUCCCCAUCAUACGCCGUUGCCGCCGAAUCGUGUUUUCUGCUUGUGGAACUUCGUACCACUCAUGCAUUGCUACUAGGGCUAUAUUUGAAGAAUUAACAGAAAUCCCGGUGUCGGUUGAAUUAGCCUCUGAUUUCCUUGAUCGCAAGACACCAAUCUUCCGGGACGAUGUUUGCGUCUUCGUGUCACAGUCGGGAGAGACCGCUGACACUAUCCUUGCCAUGAGAUAUUGCCUGGAGCGCGGCGCACUGUGCGUUGGCGUUGUCAAUACUGUUGGUUCUACCAUCUCUCGUGAAUCCCACUGUGGUAUUCAUAUCAACGCUGGGCCCGAAAUUGGCGUUGCUUCUACCAAAGCGUAUACAUCCCAGUAUAUUGCACUCAUUAUGUUCGCCAUCCAAAUGUCUGAAGAUCGAAUCUCGCUCACCGAGCGACGGAAACAAAUCAUCGAUGGCUUGCAUGAGCUCCCUGCCCAGAUCAGUCAGGUACUUCAUGGGGAUAAAGCGCUUCAACAGCUUGCCAAAACUGUCCUCGCCAACUCGCGUUCUUUACUCAUAAUGGGUCGUGGAUUCCAGUACGCAACGUGCCUCGAAGGCGCCCUCAAGAUCAAAGAAAUAAGCUACACACACAGCGAAGGGAUUCUUGCCGGAGAGCUGAAGCAUGGUCCUCUUGCUCUCAUUGAUGGGGAUCUCCCAGUCAUCCUAGUCAUGACUAGAGAUUCAUUGUAUCCAAAGGUUCAGUCUGCUCUGGCCCAAGUCACCGCUCGCAAAGGGCAACCUAUUAUCAUUUGCAACGAAGAUGAUCUCAGCAUCUCCAAAGAAUAUAGGACAAUUCGAGUACCCCAAACUGUGGAUUGUCUUCAAGGCAUCUUAAACAUCAUUCCUCUCCAGCUUCUCUCCUACCAUCUCGCUAUCCUCAACGGCUUCGACGUCGACUUCCCUCGCAACCUUGCUAAAUCUGUGACCACAGAGUAACUGGUUUACGACGUCGUCAUAGACAAGGACAAUUCCAAGGACUUUUCAUUGUAAUUCUGCACGUUGUUCUCUCUUUAUCUUUUCUUCAUGCAUUGCCCCUCCUUGUAUAUGAGAUGUGAAACGAAUAAAUUACAAGAUUCCUGGCCUCGAUCGAAGAGGUCUCUGGUGUUGUCAGGUUUGCG